CCGGUGCUCUCUACAGAAAAUAUUCUCCUGUUUUUAAAGCGCCCCUAUCCUCCAUGUGGUCGACAGUGAAAACACCUUGUGUCGUGGUCGAAAAACGACGCAUCAUAGUUGUCUAGACUCUCCGAGAUUAAAGCACGGAAAGCCGAAUUAAAAUUUAAUAGAAAAUAAUGGAGAUCGAAGUUCUUGUCGCUUCAAACUCAAAAUUUAUCGAAAAUGUCAAGGUCAAUCCAAGUACGACGAUAGGUGAAAUAAAAAAUGGACUUUAUAAGACUAAAAAAGCGCCGUACUCCGAUAGGCAGAGCUUGAGAACGCAGCCGAAGGGAAAAUCAUUGGCUGACACGGAUACAAUAAAAAGUCUCGAUUUGAAAGCAGGCGCAAAAUUAUAUAUGAAAGAUCUUGGACCGCAGAUUGGAUGGAAUACAGUUUUCCUUGUUGAAUAUGCCGGUCCACUCAUUGUUUACCUUUGGCUUUACCAAAGACCCUGGUUAUUUUAUGGAACUAUAGAUAGUAAAAUGCACAGUGUAGCUCAUUGGGCAGCUGUUUGUUGGACGGUUCAUUAUGCGAAAAGAUUACUUGAAACCUUAUUUGUACAUCGUUUUAGUCAUGCGACGAUGCCAAUUCGAAAUUUAUUUAAAAAUUGCUCAUAUUAUUGGCUAUUUGCAAUGUACGUCGCCUAUCACGUUAAUCAUCCACUAUUCACUCCUCCAAGUCAUAUGCAAUUUUUAAUAGGAGCUACAAUUUUCUUCUUGUGUGAAUGUGGAAAUCUCAGUAUUCAUUUGGCACUUAGAAAUUUACGUCCACCAGGCACCACUGUAAGAAAAAUUCCAGUGCCCAAUGGAAAUCCAUUCACUGCUCUCUUCAAUUUGGUGUCAUGUCCAAAUUACACGUACGAAGUUGGAAGCUGGCUCGGCUUCACCAUCAUGACCCAAUGUCUUCCAGCGGCACUCUUUGCAUUUGCUGGCGCUUAUCAAAUGACACUGUGGGCUCUUGGAAAGCACAGGUUGUACAAAAAGGAAUUCAGCGACUAUCCAAAAUGUCGCAAAGCAAUAAUUCCUGUGAUUUUGUAAUUAUUUACAAAUUUUUUUUUUACAAAAUGAAAGGUGACAUUUUUUAUUUUAAGUACAAAAAACAAAAAAUAAGUGACAAACUUUUCGUUUUAUUCACAGUUUAUACUAUUUAAAUAAAAAUAUUUGCGAAAAAUGUA